AUGAGUGGAGACCUGUUAGCUGUAUCACUACUGACUCAAGGAGACAGUUCUGUUAGAGUCUACUAUAUCAGUGGUAUAACAGCAAAUAGUCAAGAGUUUAGCUAUGGGGAUACACAUGUUGACUUAAAUAAAAGUCCAAUCACAAACCAGUUGAUAUUAGUAUAUCCAGUAACAGAUGGAUACUGUGUUAAUAGUACCAAUUCAAUCAAUGCUUCAUUUAUUAAAGAGAAAGCACUUGAAGUACAAAGGUCACAAGGCUUCUUUCGCCAAAGCCAAUUCAUUUAUCCAUGGAUUGUAUUCUCAUGUAAUGGAUCAGUUACUAAAUGGAUCUUUGGAGCUAGAUAUAAUGGAAAUCUAAGUCAACCUGAGCUCCAAAUAUGGCGUCAACUGGGUCCCAAUAAUUACACUAAAAUAGGAUCUAGUUUAGUUAAUGCUAAUACAAUGAUUGGUACUAAUCUCUAUGAGUUUAUUCCUCAGACUCCACUGCAGUUCCAGGAAGGAGACAUAUUUGGUGUUUAUAGUGAUAGAACUGAUGGGGAAAGAUUAGUUUUAUAUGAACAGAGAGAGAGUGGACCAACUAACUUACGAAUCAAUAAUAGUCUAGACUCUCCUCCAUCAGCAAUAUCUGAAAUACUUAGUACAGUAAACAAUGACUUUCCAUUAGUUACUGUCGAGAUCAGUAUGUAUUAUUAUCAUGUUUGUAUUUAUUGUUUCUUUUUCUUAGAUACUUCUACCUCUGCUGUAAUAACAUCAAGUAUUACUGAAAAUAAUUUAAAAGCUUCUGUUUCAAUUAUUUCA